GGAAACAAGCGUGUGGGCGUGCAGGGAGAUAUAUCCUUUUAUCUCUUAAUAAUAUAUAAUAUUAAUUUCCAAAUAUCAAGUGCCACGCCAGAGCUGUCCCCAAGUGUCACCAACCCCUCUCCCUCUCUCUCUCUCUCCCUAUACGCUUGCCCCCAUUAGCAACGCAUGCAUUUUUCCCAACCACUAUAUAAACCCCCCAACUCUUCUCUUUCAUAUUCGUUCACUUUCUUUUUCUCAAAACCCCACUACUACUAUUCAAAUAAACAUGGUUAAUUCUCAGUACCUCAGCUGCCUGCUGCUAGUGGCUUCAAGCUGCUUCGUGCUGGGCUUUCUGGCGCCGGUUUCUACUGCUGGUAACUUCAACCAGGAGUUCGAUAUCACAUGGGGUGACGGGCGGGCCAAGAUCCUCAACAACGGCGACCUUCUCACCCUCUCUCUCGACAAGUCCUCCGGCUCCGGCUUUAAGUCCAAGAACCAGUACUUGUUCGGCAAGAUUGAUAUGCAGAUUAAGCUCGUCCCCGGUAACUCUGCGGGCACCGUCACUGCCUACUAUCUUUCAUCACUGGGGUCAACUCACGAUGAGAUAGACUUUGAAUUCCUUGGCAACUUGAGCGGAGACCCUUAUAUCCUCCACACCAAUGUAUUCACGCAGGGAAAGGGUAGCAGAGAACAGCAGUUCUACCUCUGGUUCGAUCCCACCAGUGACUUCCACACCUACUCCCUCUUGUGGAACCCUCAAAGCAUCAUCUUCUCCGUGGAUGGCACUCCCAUUAGAGAGUUCAAGAACUUAGAAUCAUCGGGCGUUGCGUUCCCGAAGAGCCAGCCCAUGUGGAUAUACUCCAGCCUCUGGAACGCCGACGACUGGGCGACGCGUGGCGGACUGGUGAAGACGGACUGGACCCAGGCGCCCUUCACCGCCUCCUACCGCAACUUCAAGGCCCAAGCCUGCAUAUGGGCUUCUGGCUCCUCUUCUUGCUCAUCCUCAUCCUCCAACAACUCCUGGCUAAAACAGGGCCUUGACACCACCGGCCAAGCUAGACUCAAGUGGGUGCAAAAGAACUACAUGAUUUACAACUACUGCACCGACACCAAGCGAUUCCCACAAGGAUUCCCUCCCGAAUGCUCCCUAGCCUAAACAACAAUUAACAUUAUUGCUCUUUCUAUUAAUUUCAAUACCAAAGCCUUUAUUUAGUUAAUUUCUUUUGUUGUUUUGGAAGUUGGAAUUUAAAUUUUAGCUUUGGAUUUAAUUAAAUUGGGACAAGAUUCAUUAUUGAAUUUUGUUUGAAUUUAUAUAAAUUCAAAUUUAAGAUUUGAAAUUUAUACUUUUAAAAUACAAACUUUGUGUUCAAUAAGUAAGAAAAUCGAUUUUUUUUGUAUGUAAUAUAUGUAUAAACUGCAGAUAUGUAUUUAUAUAUUUCCGGUGUGCAGUUUACUUCA